AUGGCUAGCAGUAGCAAGCUUUAUCGCAACGCGCUGCUGCUAAUAUCUGCAGCGCUUUUCAGAAGGAAGCGCUACUGGUCAAAUGAAGGUAAUGAUGUGGUAAAUGAGCUCUUCUCUUGGCAAUCCAUUCGUGGACGUGGGCCAUUAGGUUUAAAGUUAACAAAAACACCCGCUCUUUUGGAGCUUAUACAAAAGAAGCUCACAUUAACCUCCAAAGGAAAAGGAAAGCAAACCACAUGUGAUGUACAAACAAUAUCUACUGCAAUACAAGGAAGGAAGCCCCGUUCACAAAAGUUGCACGCUUCCAAUUUUCAAGCUUCCUCUCUUAGAAUUGGGAACUGGGAGUGGAAAUCAAUAUAUGAAGGAGAUAUUGUUGCAAAAUUUUAUAUUUCCAAGAAUAAAUUGGCAUGGGAAAUACUCCAUGAAGGCUUGAAGAGCAAGAUAGAGAUAAAAUGUUCAGACAUAUGUGCCUUGAGAAUAACUUGUCCCAAAGAUUUACCCGGGAUGCUGGAUAUUAUGGUGUCCGCGGUGCCACAAUUUUUCAUAGAAACCAAUCCACAGCCACGCAGGAGCACCAGGUGGCUUGCAACUACGGAUUUUACUGGUGGACAAGCAAGUACGCACAGUAGGCAUGUUCUGCAGUGUGGCCCAGGGAUAAUGGACAAGCACAUUGAGAAUCUCCUCUACAAAAACCAACGUCUAUAUUUAUUAAGUCAGAGCACCCAAAAUUCAUAUCGUAGCAAUUAUGACAACCUGUUUGAGACUGGACAAACUUGGCAGUCAUUGCCAGUUCAACCGGUGCCAACUGGAAAAAUGACAUUAGGGCUAAAUGAUUCUGGAGCCCUACAAGGUGUACACUUUCAAAGCUCAGGGCGGCGAGCUCCACUGAAGGAGGACAUGUUUAACUGGAAAAACUUUUGGGGGACGCCUCUCAGGCCGGGGUCGCAACCUACCUCCAUGUCCAACUCUAAUGCUGGUAUCAUGUAUAGUAACUCUGGAAACCACUUCGACAAUCAGAUCAAUUCAUGGAACUUAUCUACCGGUGCUGAUUACUCAUCAUUGCGUGAGAUGUAUGACUUGAAUGGCAGCCAUACCUUGUUGCCGAGUAACAGCAACAUAUCAUCACAGACAAUGGCACUUGAGCAGCUACGCGAAAACUUGUUGAGCGACAAGGAGGUCGUGAAUGUGGUGGACGAAGAGGAUCUCAUGAGCAUGGUGAACUCCCUGUCCUGCUUGAUUGGGCAGAGUUCCCACUCCUAG